AUGUCAGAUAACUUAAAGAGAGCAGAAUCACUUUUUAACAGGAUUAUGAACCAAAGUACUGAGUUAGGUAAUGUGUCUCCGGUAUCACGGACCAGCUCUCCCACCCCAAGCCAGAAUCAUCAGCAUCAGCAUCAGCAACAACUGUCACAACAGCAACAACUGCAACUGCAGCAUCAACAGCAUCAACAAAAUCUGCAACAGAAUCUGCUGCAGAGCUAUUCUCUGCUGAAUCAUCUGCGUCAUCACUCUAAUCUGAGAUCGAGGCAUCAUCAUCAUCAUCAUAAUUCGCACCAUUACAACAAUAAUAACCAUCAUACUCAUAGUAAUCAUCACAACCACAGCCAUCCACUGUAUAUAAAUCUUGCAGAUCUCGCAAAGUUACCCAAACUUGAUGUUCAAAAACUCACUCAGGAAGCACUUUCGACAACCUCUGACAAUGAUCAUGUCUUGGCAUAUUGUUGGACAAUAUGGCACCAUUCUAGGAACAAGAAGCAGCAACAACAAUUGCAACAGCAACAGCAGCAACAACAAUUGCAACAAUUACAACUGUCAACUCCCUUGGCUGAACUCGAUUUUAACGAAAAAGAAAAUGAGACCGAGGCAGCUGCUACUACUGAUACUGCCACUGCAUUAAAUAAUGCUAUUCAAAUCGGAGUGGAUUCGUAUUUACAAACCACUAAUCAGGUCCAAUUUGCAAAUAUUAGUAAAGGGGAGAAAUCGUCUUCUACGUUGUCGUCGUCGUCGUCAUCAUCAUCGUCAUCGUCGUCGUCUACUACUAUAUCUCACGUGGCAUCUGUUGAGCAAAUGUGGACUAUGCUUUCUACGAUCAAGAACAGUUUCAAAUUGAACAUUGGUACUGAAUUUCUUAUCUUCAAAGCUGGUAUCAACCCAGUUUGGGAAGAUCCUUUAAAUGCUAAAGGUGGGAGAUGGGUAUUUCGUUUUAGCAGAAAGAGUCAGGAUUUUAGAGACUCGCAAAACCAACAACGUUAUAAUGCAUCUUUUAACAACGGUUCUGGUGAUUUAUCCGAUCAAACACAGCAACUGCAACAACAAUCUGUCGAAAGGCUACGCAAGAGAUCUGCUUUGAUAUGGGAAAGAAUUGUGAUUAAGAUCCUUACAGGAAAUUUCAUCCCACAAUCCCACUCUGCUGAAAUUCAAAGUAUGUUACUCAAUGACAUUUCCGGGAUUGUUUUGAGCGUGCGAAAAGAUGAAGAUAUCAUCUCUGUGUGGAACUCGAAUUUGAACUUUUUGCUGAAGAAGCAAAUGGAGGCAAAGAUGAACAAGUAUGGAAAUACCUCUAAUUCUUCAUCUUCUUUACCGUUUCCUCAACUUAGUGCAUUCCAUGCUAGAAGGAUAAUGUGUGAUGCCAUUUUGCGUAUUAUCCGUGAGUGUGAUACAAUUUUGGAUGGUGGGCCAGAUGGUGUUACGACAUUGGAUUCGGGAUCAAAUGAACGAGUUAUGGGUGUUAGUUUUGAAUACCGAUUACACGUGGAGGCGCCAGCUGUGUCCACUCCGACAGGGAAUGGUGGCACUUCCAAUGGUAACAACAAUAGCGAAGGGAACACGAGCUCUUCCGUGACAACAUCUUACUUUAGACCAGAAAGGGAAAGAGGUGCGAAAGGUCAAAAUGGUCAAAAUGGUCACAAUGGUCACAAUGGUCAAAAUGGCAAGACUUUAUCUUCUGCUGCUUCAUCUAUAUUGUAA